GGAAGCCGCAACGACGGAACUUCCGGCAGGAACAUCAAAAUAAAAGAGCCUGAGCGAUAAAAGCGGUUUAAUAGCUUCCGGAGGGAGAGUUUCAAAGUGAAAGCACACACAUUGAACAAAAUGGAAAUAACACACAUAACGGCACAAUCUGGACCAGGACCGGGGGGGAACAUGAGCCUACCUGUGAAGGUAUGAUUGGAGCCUGUGAGACACUGGGAUCCGUGUCAGUAAAGUGAUUGGUCUAGCAGGGGGAGUCCGCUGCGAGGUCCAAUCAGAGUGCAGCUCCUCAACUGACCUCUGACCAGUCUGGACUUUGGAUCUGCAGAUUUUAUGUUGGCAGAGUUUCUGCUUGUUUCUGUCUCUGAGGCAGAACGUUUGUCGAACUCUAACAGGGUCAGUUUUGUUGCUGGACUCGUGAUGCACGUUUCUCCGUUUCGCCUUCUUCUUCUUCUUCCCCACGCCCUCUUCUUCCUCUUUCCGUACACUCCGGCUCACGGCGGCCAUGUUUUGGUAUUUCCAGGCGAGUACAGCCAUUGGUUGAACAUGCGGAGCAUCAUGGAGGAGCUGGUGAGGAGGAACCACUCGGUCACUGUUUUAGUCGCCGAUGCGUCGCCAUCCGUCAACUACAAUAGCAGCCGCGAUGCCACCAAGUUCAACUUCCUGGUUUUCAAGGUCCCGUUCAGCAGGGCCGACGUUGACGGUCUCACUCAGGACUUCAUUAACUUCUCCAUGUACGAGUCUCACGUUUCUUCGCCGCUGCAGAAGUUUCUGAAGAUGGGUGAUUGGAUGCGGCGCUCGGUGGACUACGGGAUGCGGCAGUGUGACUCCAUGUUGAAGAACCAGCAGCUGAUGGCGACGCUGCGGGGCGCGGCCUUCGACGCCGUCCUGCUCGACCCCAUGGUGAUGUGCGCCGACCUGGUGGCCGACGUGCUCGGCCUGCCGUUCGUCGUCUCGCUUCGCUUCUCUUUCGGCGGCGUCAUGGAGCGACACUGUGGCCACGCCCCCGCACCACCGUCCUACGUGCCGGCGGCUCCGCUGCCGUACGGCGACCACAUGACGUUUGUGGAGAGGCUGACCAGCGCGGUGACGUACGCCUGGCUGUCGGUGGUGACCGAGGUGUUCUGGAGUCUUUCGCUGGAUAGCUACUACAGCGAGGUCAAAGGAAGUCCCAGCAGCUUCUGCAGGACUCUGGGAAAUGCUGAUGUCUGGCUCAUCAGGACCUUCUGGGAUCUGGAGACGCCACGACCGUUCCCGCCCAACUUCAAACACGUGGGCGGUCUGCACUGCAAACCAGCCAAUCAGCUUCCAGAGGACCUGGAGGCGUUCGUGCAGAGCUCGGGCGAUGCCGGUGUGGUGGUGGUCUCCUUCGGCUCUAUGGUAACUAACCUGACAACAGAGCGUGCUGAUGUCAUCGCCGCUGCCUUCGGACGAAUCCCACAAAAGGUGAUCUGGAGGUACAGCGGAGACACGCCCAGAACUCUGGCAGCCAACACCAAGCUUUCUGAUUGGAUCCCUCAGAACGACCUGCUGGGUCACCCAAAGACCCGAGUGUUUGUGACGCACGGCGGCACCAACGGUCUGUACGAGGCCGUGUAUCACGCCGUGCCGCUGGUCGGAAUUCCGCUCUUUGCCGAUCAGCCCGAUAAUCUCGCCCGUCUGAGCCGCCGCGGCGCCGCCAUCGUCCUCGACUUCAACCAUCUGACAUCCGACGAGCUGACGGAGGCGCUGCACGCCGCCAUCAACCAGCCGAGCUACAAGUCCAGCAUGCAGCAUCUGUCGGCGUUGCACCGCGACCAGCCAGUGGCGCCGCUGAGCACCGCCGCCUUCUGGGUGGAGUUUGUGAUGAGACACGGAGGAGCGAGACACCUACGGCUGGCGUCACAUGAGCUGAACUGGUUCCAGUACCACAGCGUGGACACCGGCGCCGCCCUGCUGGCCGCCAUAGCGACCGCUGCCGCCCUCUGCUGGGGGGGCGUCCGCUUCUUCCUGCGACGCUGCAGCCAACGACGGCGGAGAGAGAAGAACGACUGAAGAGACGACAAUUGUUUUAAAAUUCUAAACCUGCUGAGUUCCUUCAGAAACUUGGUACCGAGAAGACCUGAAGGCAAAGGGGGUCACACCCCAGAUCUGAUCCAGAUUAAGCUUCUGUUCACUCUGUAUUUGAUCAAUACAAUCUCUUAUCACGUCUGCCUGAAAGAGCCCGCGCUCACUUUAAUCCCGUCUUUGUAUGUAUUGUGCUCCGUUUAACGAGUCUAAUUCACAGAUUAUCUCCUGGCCUGGUGUCUGAAAACAGUUCGUACUCAGCCUGAAACAAACAGGUCCAGCCGUGUGUGUGUGAGACUUCAUCUGAUUAAGGGUUAUUCUCAUGAAAUAUAUUGUGAAACUGAAAUCUGUCACAUUAAAAAUCAGCUGACUGUAAGAAUCUGAACAAACAAACCAAGUCUGAUUUCAGAUUUUAUUUUUUAUUUGUACAAAAACAGAGAAGCUCCACCCCCUCUGUUCAGAAACAGGAAACGAAUAAAGUUUUGUUGUU